AUGGAACCAUCCUCACAGCCUCAGCCAGUGAUGGGUGUUGGGUCACAACCUUAUCCUGCUGCUGCUGCUGACUAUGCACCACCCACAAUGGUACCUGGAGCUCCUGCGGUUCCUCCUGGCUCACAGCCAGCAGCACCAUUCCCCAAUCCAGCUCAACUCAGUGCUCAGCACCAGAUGGUCUACCAGCAGGCUCAGCAAUUUCACCAACAACUUCAGCAGCAGCAGCAACAGCACCUCAGGGAGUUCUGGACUACCCAGAUGGAUGACAUCGAGCAAACAACUGACUUCAAGAACCACACCUUGCCACUUGCAAGGAUAAAGAAGAUAAUGAAGGCUGAUGAGGAUGUGCGGAUGAUCUCUGCAGAAGCUCCCGUUGUCUUUGCGAAGGCAUGCGAGGUAUUCAUAUUAGAGCUGACAUUGAGGUCAUGGAUGCACACAGAGGAGAACAAACGCCGGACCUUGCAGAAGAACGACAUUGCAGCUGCCAUCACCAGGACUGAUAUAUAUGACUUCCUGGUGGACAUAAUCCCGAGGGAUGAAAUGAAAGAGGAGGGACUCGGGCUUCCAAGGGUUGGUCUGCCGCCUGCUAUGGGGGCCCCAGCUGAUCAUAGUUCUUAUCCAUAUUACUAUGUGCCAGCACAGCAGGGGCCAGGAGCAGGUAUGAUGUAUGGUGGUGGCCAGCAGGGUCACCCGAUGACGUAUAUGUGGCAGAAGCCGCAAGGGCAAGAGGAACAGCCCCCUGAAGAGCAGCAGCAGCAGUCUCCCUGA